AUGGCUACAGAAACAAGCAUUUCAACGACACAGCUCCGACUCGCAUCGCCGAACGGUAUCGUCACACGAACGAUCCUCUGCACUCCCCUCCGGGACGCCCUGCCGUCUGAAAUCCCCGUCAUCGACAUCUCGCCGAUAUUCAGCUCGUCGCUCGAUGAACGACAGGCCGUGGCGCAGCAGGUGCGUGCGGCAGCGCAGAACAUGGGCUUCUUCUACAUCAAAAACCACGGCAUCCCUGCGGACGUGACGCAGGAUGUCUACGAGGCUGGUCUAGAGUUUUUUAGACAGCCCUUGCAGACGAAGAUGAGGGCGGAUUCGAGCGGGACAAAGUGGGACAAGGGAUAUCAGGGACCGAAUACGCAGCGGCUGAAUCCGUCUGAAAGCAUUGACCUGCGGGAGUCGUUUUCGUGCCAAUACGAUCCGCGAUACGACGACACGGUUGGGGAGGACAAGAUGGGAGAUAUCCCUGAAGAGGCGAGGCAGUAUCUGGGCUGUGAAGAUGACUAUCCGUGGGAACAGACGCGAAAUCUGCCGCGGCUGAAGGAGAGCAUGACGAGGCAUAUGGGGGAGUGCUUGAGACUGGCGAGGGCGCUGACGAGAUGUUUUGCGUUGUCGCUGGGGUUGGAGGAGGGGUGUUUUGAUGAGAAGGUGAGGUAUCCGGGAGCGUCGUACGUGAUUAACUAUUAUCCCCCGAUCGAGCAUUCCACGGAUGCGGACGCAGGGAAGAGCGAGGAGGGGGAGGAUAAGAAGGUAUCGAUUGGUUCGCACACGGACUUUCAGCUGUUUACGAUUCUAUGGCAGGAUUCACAUGGCGGGCUCGAGGUUCUCAACAAGGAGGGCCAAUGGCUGCGCGCAAAGCCGAUAGAGGGCACGCUGGUUGUGAAUCUGGGGGACUGCAUGCAGCGGAUUACGAAUGACGAGUACGCGAGCACGGUGCACCGGGCGAGGAACUACAGCGGCAAGGAAAGGGUGAGCAUUCCCAUCUUUUGGGGGUUCGGGAUGCACGAGACGUGUAGUGUUGUUGUUGGUGGGGAGAAGAAGUAUGAGGAUGUCAAGUGUGCGGAUUGGAUUAUGAUGAGGAUUCGGGGGAUGAAGCAGCUGGAGUGA